AUUUUGUCUUUGGUUUCUGAGCGUGUGAAGAGAAAAGAGGAUGAAUUGGAGAGAGAUGGAUGGUUGAGAGAAAGAGGAAGGGAAAGAAGAGGAAGGCAAAGCAAAGAGGGACAGUGGGGGAGCGUCGAGGUGGAGGGGUUGAGGAAGGCCGGCGCUGGAUCGACUGUGAUUCGCCGGUUGCCGUCCGGAGAGGAUUAUUUAAUGGCGCGCCGCUUUCUGUUGCGUCAGGGGACAGGACGGUUGAUCAACAACGACAGACAGCCAGAUCACAUCCAUCACCUGCUCGUUGAUUCACGCCCGCAGCUAUUCCCGUUGCAAAAUGUCCGACCCAACGAUCGAGGUCGCUGAGACCAUUCAAACCGCCUCCGUCAAGCAGGACCCAUCCCCAGCUCACGAUGUCAACCCGACCACCGCUGCUUCGGAAAAGAAACCAGCCGUGGAAUCCACGCCCUCUGAAGCAGACAGUAUUCCUUCAGACAUUGUCGAUCCUGGCCGGGUGAUUCGAUCUGUUGCCCGACGACACCAGUUUCCUCCUAUGCCGGAUCUGCGAUUUGAGCAGAGCUACCUGGCCAGCUUGAAGGAUGCAGACACCAAGGGAAGAAUUGCAUGGAUCACAAUCAGAGAUCAGGUCCUUCUCCCUCUGGUCCAGGGUACCCUUUGGACUCUUGCUCUCUCCGGCUGGCGUUACUGGAACCGCGGUGCAUCCCUCAGCGGCAAGACUCUGGGAAGCAGACUGCGCAGAUGGUGGUACGAAGUGAACAACUGGAAGCUUCCUUCCCUCAACAAGGACCGUAAACUUGCUAGUCAGGUGGAAGACUUUUUACAGUUCUACAAGGCACAGUUCUCUUACGCCGGGGCUGAUUAA